CGGAAGUAAACAGAACCAUUUAAACGUAUGAACUGGGCUCUCUGAAAUAUGCUCAUAUUUAUUUAUUAAAGUAUAGCGUAACUAUUUUAAAAGGAAAAUAUAUUUUAGUGGGUGGUUUUAAAGGGAAAAAAAGUCGGUGUGUCAGUAUUUAAACCAGAGACUAUAAACACAAACACACUGCACGCUAUACAGUUUCCACCUCGGUUGCUUGGAUACUACAAUGAACCCUUCCUCGGGCAGAGACAGGAGCUUCCUGAGCGCAGACGAAGCCUCUGUUGUCGAGGCGGCGGUCAGGACGGCGGUCCGGUCCAUCCUGCAGGUCUUCUGCGAGGUGAAUGAGAAGAGAUCGCACUGCUACGAGGCGAAGUUAGCCGAGGCUGAGAGAGAAAACGCAGCGCUCAGGUUUCAGCUCAACGCGGCCGAGCUGGAGCUCCAGACUUUACGGCAGAUCUCUGAUAAUUACACAAUCUCAGCUGAGGUGACCCUGAGGCAGGAGGCGCCCGAGGAGCCGGCGGCGUGUGCGCAGAGCCAGGGCAGCCUGGUGAUCAAGGAAGAGCCGUGUUCCUCAGACAGCACGAUGUGUCUGAAGUCUGAGAUGGCAGACGAGACUUAUGAAGGACAGUCUGGUUAUCCAGUGGUUCAGGAAGUCCAGAUGUGCCAGCAGGCUCCAGGUGUAGAGAUGUGGAGUGUUCAGAGCUUCAGUUCAUCAAGAUCCGACAUGAACCAGACUUCAGAGAAGUGGGUUCCUGGUGAUACUCUUUCAGGGAGAUUGAAAAGCAGAGAAUGUGUGAGAAGAUACAGAGAAAGGAUCCGUGCUGACCCAGAAAAGUAUCUGGCCUGGAAAGAGAAGGAGCGCUUGAGGUAUCAGCAGAAGAGAAAGACCAUAAACGAUCUGUCUGAACCCAUGAAGAAGCUGAAGAGGAAGGCAUGGAGAGAGGCUAAGAGACGGGAUCGUGCUAGAAAGCAGGUUCAAACCGCUGCUACACACGUCAUCCAGACGACCGACCCGUGAAGAUUACAUCGUCUGGACAAAAAAAAAAACCUUCUGCGCUUGUAUGCGUUAGUAAACAUUUCCACUGUAAUUACGUUUAAGAGAGUGGGAUGGAGAAUGGAGGAGGUGCUGUAGAUCUUCAGGUGUGACAGUCUUGAGAAUUCAGGAUCUUAAUCUCGAGAAAAUCUAUUUUUUGGCUAGCAAACUCAGUGGUUUCCUCACUCAGAAGUCUAAAAAGACUAACACUCUUACGAUUAAAGUGUGUAAACCUUUAGCCUGUACGGAUUUCUGCUAAUAAAAAGAUAAUAUUGCCCAUAAUGCGCCAGUUCUACAGCCAUCUUAAAAUAAUAUGAGCACAAACUUUUUUUUUUUGUUUUUCAAAUUUAUGUGAUGUGUAUUUUGAGAGCCUGCUACCCUCCAGGUCUUUCCGCAGGAGAAAAAGAAUCCAGGAUCUCCCCGAAGCCAUGCAGAAGCAGCAAAGGAAAGCCUGGCGGGAAGCCACGAGGCGACACCGCGCACGGAAGAUGUCACAAACGACGAUCGC